UCAAUGUAAUGCAUACGCAUAAGUGACUUGAUUGCAAUAUUAAAAAAAUCGUUAUUUAAUGUGCGUUGUAGCUUAUAUGACGCCCUAACUAUGAUUUCAAUCCUUUAAUCCAUUAUUAUUUCAUACAAACCAAACCCACUCAACAUUUCUAAAUUCAUAGUGUAUACUAAAAGUGAAAUGAGUCAAGCAUUCAAUGUGAACCUGGAAGCAUCGCUAUAUGGAUCAUCUGAUGAAGAUUAUAGUUCAAAAAACAAAGCUGAUAUAAAAACUGUGGACGUCUGCGCACAACCUGAUAAUACGUUAGAAGAUUUAGUUAUCCAAGAAGAGGUUUAUGAACCUAGAAAAGUCCAAUCAUGGCAAAGAAGAAGAAAGGGAUACUAUGCACCUAGAAGGUAUGAAUCAUGGCAUGGCAUAUCUGAUAAAGAUCUCGAGAAGCCAACACAAAUGGAAGAAGACGACAUAAGUGACACUUAUGGAUUACAUUUACACACAUCCGUCGCUUUUGAAAAGCUUGGAUUGUAUUUCUAUGAACCGCAAAAAUUAUUGCUUGUUGCUAACCCUAAUUUAUCAAAACCAACAAGUGAACAAAAAAAUAAAUUAGAUGUCAAAAGCAAACUUACCUCAGAAACUGAUUCUGUCAAAGAAAUCUCGCCUCUUGAUCAUUCUAUAAAAGUGUUUGAUGAACGCUUUUUUGGUUUUCCAAAAGAAUCUAUCGAAUCUAAAGACGUUGUACCACUUGACAAAAUAGGUGUUUUUGAAACUCGAAACUUAUACACUACUAUUCCUAAUAAGCUAUCAAAUCGCACAAAACAUAAAGAACAAUUAGAUGCUAAGAAGCAAUUAAUACCAGGGAAAAAUGACGACGACGCCAAAGCUUCUACGUCCGAUAAUGAGAUUAAUAAAUCUCAGUUCCAAAAACUGUUUAUGAAAACGCUUAACAAAAUUUAUCACGAUGCAUUAGGUAUACCCGAAAAAAGGCACACAACUGAGUCAGAUUUGGAGUUAACAACGUAUGAAUUAGAAAAAUUCGAAAGAAAUUAUAUGAUUAUAUUCAAUCAUGAAAACUUUCUAAGCGAACCAAAGAGACGAGGCACAGCUUUAGAUGUAGCUGCGUUAGAAGAUACAUUCAAACAAUUUCGAUUUAAUGUGACCACUCACAAUGAUCUAAAAGAAAAGGAUUUGUUUACUGAAUUGAAAAAAUUUAGUAGAAGGAACUUUAGCAGCAGCGGCUGUCUUUGCAUAGCGAUCCUGACUCACGGUCAAGACCACGGUUAUCUGCGAGCAUUUGACACGCGUUACUGCGAAAGAGACGUAAUCGCGUGCUUUGACGCUCGUAUUAAUCCCAGUUUGGUGGGGAAACCAAUCAUAUUCUUAAUUCAGGCAUGUCGGGGUCGCCAACCAGCUGCAGUUGUGGAGUCGAGAAGCCAAAGUGUACAGGAACCUGUUCACACUGUGGAACUAGAUGCUGUUUACCCAACAGAUAAAUAUCGCAGGUCCAUGGACUCGAUAUAAUCAUGUUUCAUAGCUCGUUCUUUGGUAGAGCCUCUAUCAGAGUGGUGGAAGAGGGCACAUGGUUCAUACAAACGCUUUGCGAGCAAAUAAGACUGCACGGCACGACAGACCACUUCGAGAAGCUGUGCCGAAGAGUUCGAACGAUCGUUGCCCACAUGGAGUAUAAAGGAGCAAAACAAAU